AUGCAAUUGAAAUCCUACCUACUUCCAUUCCUUACUCUUGCCUCUACUCUAACUGCGACCCCAAUCGCUUCACCAGAGAAGGCAACUUUGCAAUCACGCUCUGCCGAUGGUUGUUUCGAAAUCACCCAGUUCCGGAACUCCGGUAGUCCUCAUUCAAUCUCCGCCACCGUCGCCUUCGAGCUAGUAGAUCGCUCUAAGAACCUCGCAGCAAGUUGCCGCGCGAUCCUUUCAAUUCUACCCACCAUCGUCACAGCUGAGUUCCCAACAUACUGUAACGACUCAAGUGUUGCCUUUGGAUUCCAAUAUAAACCACCAUUCCCGGGGUAUUGGCUUUCUAUCGCGCACAUCUAUAAUAAUAACAAUACUGUGGAUGCUGGGAGCGUUUGGGCGGGACGUGAUGUGAGGAGAUAUGAUAACCCGAGCGGGAAUCCGAAUGGAGACUUUGAUUAUUUGAACUAUCCGGCGGAAUUCAGUGUUGCCUACAAUCGCCAUGUGCAAGAGUUGCCAAUAUCUACUUUGGCGGCAGUAGCACCCAAGCCCACCGCUUAA